ACCACUCAUUCAGUAUUUUCCUUCUCGUCCUCCCUCCUUCCCUCCCAGAAAGAAAAGCUUUAAAGCAAUAAACUAAUUCAUCAAUGGCAGACAAAGAUCAGACCCCAAUUGAUCAAGACAGGGUGAAUUUCAUUCAACCCAUGCUUUCUGAUUCAGAAGUGAUGGAUACAGAUCACCAUAAGUCUAGUCUUCAAGGGGGCUUUGAGCACCAGAUGAAUACUUCUCUUGGGAUUUCAGCGGAUGGCUUUCUUGGUUCUUUGAGUCCCUUGCAUGAGAAAAUGGAGCGAGCCAAGGGUGGUUUACUAGAAGGGGCCAGGCAAUUUUCAGUGAUUGUCAAAGAAGCCCUAUCUGUGCUGGAAAAUUUUUGCCCAAGUACUUCACCAUCAAAUUUAAUUGAUAUUGAUGAAUCCGAUAAUAAAGAAGACAAUGGCACUGGAUCUGAUCAUUCUGGAGAUCAAGGGAAGGGAGGACCUACGCCUAGUAAGAAGCGUGCUAAAGGAGAGACAGACGAGCCGAGAAAAAGGCAGAAAUUAGAGCCUGGAGAAGCCAUGGGUAGCUCACAGAGUUCAAGUAUCACCAGCAACAAUUUUUCUUCUCUGAAAAAGAAGGCAACUAACCCUGAAGUUGAGUCUCUAAUUACAAUACUUCGUCGUUCCCUUGAACUCCUUAAACAACAGGACAAAAGUAUGGAUGACAUGAAGGUAACAACCAACCAUGAUAUAGAAGCGAAUAGUAUCCGGAAGUUGUUAAAUAAUGGCUUACAACCUGGUACUGGAAGGAGCAAGCUUGCAGAAGAGGCAGACAUUCGUCAUGCCAAGCAGUGGAUGAAAGAAGUGGAUUUAGAGUCUGAAGAAGAGUAUGUAUUGAAAAUUAUUGUUCUGUUUCUUAAUAAAUCUACAUGUUCACUUGUGAUCCCAAGACCAUGUUCUAUAAAUUGUUACCUAUAUUUGGGAAUCGCUCUUUAUGGCUUUUGAUUAUUUAAUAUGAAUGAGCAGAUCACAAAGCUUAACCCCUUGUAAGAAGCUCUUAGUGCUUGUUAUGGCUGAUCCUCUUGCUCAAAUACUGUACAUGAGGCUGUUCAACCAGUUAGGGAAGCAAGAAAAUAUUGCAAUGGAAUUUCAGGUGGCCAAAACAUUUGAAGAAGCUGUUGAAUGUCUCUGCGAUUACGGAGAUUCUUUUAAUCUCAUUCUUAUGGACAUGGAAAUGCGUCGCUGCAACUCCUCUAAGGUAUUCUUUUUCUGACAAAUGAUGAAAAAAUGUCGUGUUCAAGAGAGAUAUUAUGUCAUCAUCCUCUUUGUCGUCAUUGUUAUCGUGCCUUUUUUCUUCUUGAACUACAAAUCUGAUGGUCAUUGAUAUGUGAUUUGGUUAAUUAUGAUGCGCUAACUCUUAUGAUACUCUAAAUCUGUAACUCUCAAAAAAUUAAUAAAAAUUGUCAAAUUUUAACUCCUGUUCUAUUAACAUCUAUUCUUACCACGAACAUCUUCUUUUUUAUUUUUUGAUAACCCGGGAUGUCCGGGUCAGCUUACGCGCAUCACGACUAAUUCCCGGACCUACUAAACACCCUGCAAGCCCAGGAGACAGGUAAAACACCGCGGUGGUGACAGGCGUGCACGCUGAGGCUUGAACCUAGGAUGCAGAGGCAGGAAACCCUGCCAAGACCGCUGGGACACAAGCCUCGGUGCUUACCAUGGACAUCUUAAAUCAUCAUGUGAUAGGUAAUACGGGAGCUGCGAUUCAAUGGUAUCCGCGGAAACAUUGUUGGCGUCACCUCUGAAAAUAUUUCUGAACAGAAAGAAUUUGUGGAAGCAGGAUUCACUUACUGUGUUGAAAAGCCACUGGAGACACUUGACAAGGUUGCAUCUUUCCUCUUGUGUCCUACGGCUCAAGAUAAGUCUAGUCUUCAAGUGGGCUUUGAGCAACAGAUGAAUACUGACCUGGGAAUCUCAGUGGAUGCUUUUCCUGGUUCUUUGAAUCCCUUACGUGAGGAAAUUGAGUGUGUCAAGGCUGGUCUACGUGAUGGCUUGGACAAGGCCAGGUAGUUCUUUGGAUAUCUUGAAUCUCGUACAAUCUAGCAUAUUUUUAAUAGUGCAGUAAUUAAGAAUUUAAGAUGCAUAAGAAAAUAACAGGGAAUUUUCAGUGAUUGUCGAAGAAACCUCAUCUAUGUUGGAAAAGUUUUUCCCAAGUACUUUACCAUCAAAGCCAAUUGAUAUUGAUGAAUCCAAUAAAGAAGACAAUAGGGAUGCAUUUGAUCAUUCUGGAGAUCAAGGAAAGAGAGAAGCUAUGGCUACUAAGAAACGUGAUAACCGAGACUCGGAGGAAAAUAGGUGCCUGAAGAAGUCAUGGGCAGCUCACAGAGUUCAACCACAUGCAAGAAAAGGACCCAACGAUCCAGAGGCUGGCCUAUAUGACCUUCCUUCACCGCUUCUCAUUUUUAGAUAUGAACUCUGGAUGAAAUGUCUUACUAACUCUUCUAUGAAGCUUGGAACAAAGUGUAUGAUUCAGAGGAUUAUAAAGACCUGACAGAAAGAACAGUGUGCUUCAAUGCUGAAUUGGCUUGCUUGGGAAGUGCCUGGGAUGUUUUUGGGUACUGUCCUUUGUCUCAGCCACAGUUGUGCUGGAUUUUAUGGUUUCUGUUCUGAUGUUGGCUACUCGAUCGGUACUAUUUCUUUUCCCUACAUAAACCUAAUAAAGCAUAACUGAAGAUUUGUUUUCCCCUUAACAAUAUUCUGCUUUGCUUGAAAUCGGUUAA